GACUACGCCUGUGUGGCUCUCUGAAAUAAAUAGAAGCCUCCUGGCCACUGGAAAUCCAGCUGAGCAAGAAUCAAGACUAAAUCCCCAUUUGGUGUGUGGAAGUGGCAACUGAAGCUAGAAUGGGGGCCAAGCAUCUCGUGUUCUUUUGGGCACUGUGCCUUGCCUGUCAUAUUACGGUUGCAAACAUUUUUGAGCCGGUGCAUCUAGGCUGCAAGUGCCUAAGAGUGACGUCCCAAUUCAUCCGUCUUGCAAAAUAUGAAAGAGUAGAAAUUUUUCCCGCUGGACUUGCCUGCAAAAAGAUGGAAAUCAUAAUCACGCUAAAGGAUGGAGCCAAAGUAUGUGUUUCUCCGACGGCUAGAUGGGUGCAGAAUUUGCUGCGGAUGCUGCACGAAAGGAAUGAAAGAUCCUCUUGAAAUGAACUAAGGCUCGAGAUAUUUCUGGAAAGCAAAGCAUGAGAUGAUGCACAAGUUUCAAAUGUGAAUAUCUGCAAGUUCCAAAUGUGAAGUUCUGGAAUUGCUCCUUGAACUGAUGGCCUUAUAGGCCAUCCUACUCAUUUCUAAGAUU